UAUGGUUCCAGUGAUGACAGUUUAUCUUGGUGAAGCAGCAAACUUUACAUGUGAUUUGCCGGAUAAUCAUGAUAGUAGUGGUGAACAUUUCUGGUACAAGCAAACAACAGGAGAUACUCUAGAAGUAAUUGUGAAGUUUGUGAAUUAUGCAAACCCACAGUAUGGAACACAUUAUUCUGAUUCAAGAAUAAAAAGUGUAAUUACUGACAAAAUGAGCAUCCUCACUAUUUUAGACACAGCUAUAGAAGAUGAAGGAAUGUAUCAUUGCGUUUUCACCGACUGGCAAACAAACAUUUGGCAUGGGACCUAUCUAUUAAUAAAAGGAAACACUGCAGGGACAUCAAACUACAAAGUAUUUCAGAAGCUGAUGGAACCAGAUUCUCUUCAUCCACAGGAUUAUGUGACUCUACAGUGUUCAGUCCUCUCAGACUUUGAGAGCAAGACAUGUCCAGGAGAAUUCAGUGUUUUCUGGUUCAGAUCAGAUAAGUCUCCUCCAGAUAUCAUCUACACUGAGGGAUACAGAACCAACACAUGUCAGAAAAAAAUCGACCAUCAAACUAGAUGUGUAUAUAACUUCUCUAAGGACAUCAGAUCCUCCGAUGUUGGAACCUAUUACUGUGCUGUGGCCACAUGUGGAGAGAUACUAUUUGGAGUUGCAACCAAGCCAGAAGUUGUGACAGACCCUGUAUCACUUGUACUUCUUAUAGCUGUUUCCUGUUUGAUUAUUUCUUUGAUUGGAAAUAUUGUUUUGAUCUGCCACAAAACUCCAACAGCAGCAUGUAAACAAUUUAAAGAGAUAGAAGGGACCCCUUCACAAGAAAGAUUGAGGAACUUGAGUGAGCAAAGUGAUCAGACUAAUGGUGACGAGCGCGACCUGAACUAUGCAGAAUUACACUUCUCUGCUGGUAAAGCUAGAAGACGAAAGAAAAUGAAUGGGGCUGAGGACAGUGUGUAUUCUUAUGUUAAAUAUCAAUAUUGAAUAUUAAUGUGAGUUACAUUUUAAAGAUCUAACUGUAAAAUAAACAUACAUGACACAUGUGUGACAUGUUUUAUAGAUCUAACCAACCACAGAAAAUAAGGAUGAUUCAUUUUGUAAGAAGAAUUACUUUCUAUUUUUAUAGUUGACCCUAAAAGACCAGAUUUUAUGUUCCCUUUGUAAAAUAAAGUUGUAACUGAGCAAUUCUACCAAUAA